AUGCCUCUCGAGAUCCGCCUCCUGAUCUACAGCUAUCUGGUCGACGAUGGAGGCCACCGAAGACUUCGCGUCAAGUCGAUGAAGGAUGGCGAGAUAGACGGCAUACCAGACUCGAAGCGGGCGCGCUAUCUUGUGGUGGAGGGCUAUAUACAGCGGCGAUGCUACGAAACGACCUACACGCUCGCCACAGAGAGCGCCAGUUUUCAUCUCGGCAUCAUGGGCACCUGCAGGCGCCUGUACGCCGAGGUGGCGAACAUUCUCUACGCCAGGCAUUCCUUCGACUUUGGGGCCGACAUCGCAGCCGUCAUUCCAUUCUUCUCCGACCGCACCGCGUACGCUCGAGCCAUGAUCUCCGAGAUCUCAAUACAAAGGCGCGUGCCUAUCUUGAUAGGGCACGGAGACGGGGGCCAGUGGUCUCAUGUUGCCCGAUACCUAGCGGAGCACGCCUCCUUACGAAAGCUGCGGCUCGUAGUCGGUGGAGGCAGGCCGGCAGAGGCAUGGGAAGGGCCACAAGAACUUUCAAAGUCGGACUUUGAGCUGUUGGCAGUGCUGAAGCACGAGUGCAUCGACUGGGCUACCGACUUGGCGCGGAUCAAGGACCUGGACGAAGUCGAGAUCGUGCCGGAGAUCCAUCACGCACAGGCCCCCAGAACACCAUCCAUGACGGUAUUCGCGGCCUUUUCUGCGUCCAUCGAGAAGGGACUCAGCCAGUAUAUUAGAGAGCGACUUGGUAUUAGGACGGACAAUGCUGUUGAAAGGCAUACAUGA